AUGUCCUCCCAAGUUUGGAGCGCCUUUGUUGGCUUGUACGGGAUGCUGUGCGUGCUGGCCUGCUGCUGCGAAGGCGCCGUGCAGCUGUCCCCCAACGCGACCAUAUUUGAGGACAAAUGCAAGAUGACGACGACGUGCGAGGCGCUCAAGUACAAUACAUGCCUGGGUUCACCUCUGCCGUACACGCACACGUCGCUUGUCCUGGCAGAGGACUCCAUCUCCCAGGAGGAAGCUUUUGAGAAGCUCACCAUGUGGUCUGGUUUGCGCAACGCUCCUCGCUGUUGGUCCGUCAUCCAGCCGCUGCUGUGCGCGGUCUACAUGCCCAAAUGUGAAAACGGACGGGUGGAGCUGCCAAGUCAAAGUUUGUGUCUGGCCACCCGUCGCCCGUGUAGCAUCGUAGACCAGGAGCGCGGAUGGCCCAACUUUCUCAAAUGCGACAAAUUCCCAGUGGGCUGCUCGAACGAGGUUCAGAAGCUAAAAUUCAACACGUCGGGCCAGUGUGAGGCGCCGCUAGUCAAGACGGACAUCCAGUCCAGCUGGUACAAAGACGUUGAAGGCUGCGGCAUCCAGUGCGACAACCCGCUGUUCACCGAAGAGGAGCACGAUGACAUGCAUGCCUACAUCGCCUACUUUGGCACCAUCACCCUCCUGUGCACUUUUUUCACUCUGGCCACGUUUCUUGCCGACUGGAAAAACUCCAACCGCUACCCGGCCGUCAUCCUCUUCUACAUAAAUGCCUGCUUCUUCGUGGGCAGCAUCGGUUGGCUGGCGCAGUUUAUGGACGGCGCGCGUGAAGAGAUCGUGUGCAAGAGCGACAACACUAUGAGACUCGGCGAGCCCUCUUCUUCCGAGACCUUGUCAUGUGUCACCAUCUUCAUCAUCGUGUACUAUUCGCUCAUGUCGGGUGUGAUUUGGUUCGUGAUGCUGACCUACGCUUGGCACACCUCCUUUAAGGCGCUCGGCACUACCCAGCAGCCGCUCACCGGGCGCACUUCCUACUUCCACAUGGUCACCUGGUCCAUCCCGUUCAUUCUCACUGUUGCCAUUUUAGCCAUUGCAGAGGUGGAUGGCGACUCGGUGAGCGGAAUCUGCUUCGUGGGCUACAAGAAUUACAGGUACCGCGCCGGCUUUGUGCUGGCGCCCAUCGGCGUGGUGCUGGUGGUUGGUGGCUACUUUCUCAUUCGAGGUGUCAUGACGUUGUUCUCGAUCAAAAGUAACCAUCCUGGACUACUGAGCGAGAAGGCAGCUAGCAAAAUCAAUGAGACCAUGCUUAGACUUGGCAUAUUUGGGUUUUUAGCAUUCGGGUUCGUGUUCAUCACCUUUGGCUGUCACUUUUACGACUUCUUCAACCAAGCCGAAUGGGAGAGGAGCUUCAGGGAAUAUGUGCUUUGCGAGGCUAAUGUCACCAUCGCCUCCCAAAGCAACAAGCCGAUCCCGGAGUGCACCAUUAAGAACCGACCUAGUCUAAUGGUGGAGAAAAUCAACCUGUUCUCCAUGUUUGGCACCGGCAUCGCCAUGAGCACGUGGGUGUGGACCAAGGCCACCAUCCUCAUCUGGAAGCGAACAUGGUGCAAGAUCAUUGGACGUGGGGACAACGAACCCAAGAGGAUCAAAAAGAGCAAGAUGAUCGCCAAGGCCUUUGCCAUGCGGAAGGAGCUGCACAAAGACCCCGAGAAGGAGUUGUCCUUCAGUAUGCACACGUUGUCACAUGAUGGACCCGUAGCUGGGAUCAACUUUAACAUCAACGAGCCGUCCAAUGACAUGUCUUCAGCGUGGGCGCAGCACGUGACCAAGAUGGUGGCCCGACGAGGCGCUAUCUUGCCCCAGGAUAUCUCGGUCACUCCCACAGGAACGCCAGUUCCUCCACCAGAGGAGAGGAACAGGUUGUGGAUGGUGGAGGCCGAAAUCUCCCCAGAAAUGAUCAAACGAAAGAAAAAGAAGAAAAAGAGGAGGAAGGAGGUGCGCACUUCCGCAGAAGAGGAGGCCAUCCCAGCAGCGGAUCCCCAUGCUUAUCCUCAGCGAGAGUUCGGCCGCAGUUCCGUGCCCCGCCUCCCCAAGCUGCCCUGCCAUCCCGGCCUGAUGGCUAACCUGCGGGAGCUGCAGAUGCCGGAGGACAAUGUCCUACCGGGAUCCUUUCCGCCGUUGCCCGGUGACGAGCGCUGCCGCUUGCCGCCCUAUCGGAGUAGCUACGUGCGAGACGUGUUCUCAGACCGGCCGGAGGACCUCGGUCUUGGCCGGCGCUACCCGGCCAGCUGCCUCCAGGAGGGCCUGUCGGAGAGAAUGGCGCACGUGGCGAGGGUCCCCGCGGGCCGGCGUGUAGGGUACGGUCCCAUUCACUCGCGGACUAACCUGAUGGAGGCGGAGCUUAUGGAUGCCGAAUCAGACUUCUAA